AUGCGAAGUAUGUGGUCGCGUCUACUCGUACUGCUUGAGAAAGCGACGCUAGCUCCAUGGGAAGAGCAGGACCCAAGGCUGACAAUGCCGAUGAUGAAACCCACACAAAUGAAGGAAGUCAAGAUUACACUGGAAGAUGCAGAAGCUUCUAUCAUCAUAACAUCACCAGAGACAUCAAGUGGUGCGGGACACAAAAAUAGCUUGGGUAUGGUGGACCUCUUCCCUGUGGAUGAACGCGUUGAUGCUCCGCCAUCCUUCUCUAUGGAUGUUUUCGAUGCUGCCUACAAGGAGGUGGAAAGAGACUGCUUUCAAAACACUUACACGGACUACGUGAAGUCGGGCGAGUACAAGAAGGCGAUUCAUGCUCCGAUGAGUGAUGUUUGA